CGAUUUUACGAACAACCAACCUCCUCCUCCUCCAACAUGGGCAAGCACCACGCCACGCACCACGCGCCGACCGUCGAAGUCGACGAGAAGACCAUGAUCUUCCUCAUUAAGUUUAUGAACACGGCGUCCAAGGAAAAGCUCCUCGAGACGUUUGAAGGCCAUUUCACCGACCACAUGGCCGACAAGAUCGUCGACCAGCGCCUCUUUGGCGGCAUGAAGAAGCUCGAUGACAUCCUCGAGAAGAAGAUCAUGCGGAAAAAGAAGUUUGAAGAGUUUCAGGACAUUGCGCUGAAAUGGGCCGUCGAGCACAAGCCCAAGGAAAAGCGCCAAACCGCGUAAGCACCGCGGACCCGGCGACAGAUUUAGAAUAGUUUUAGUCAUUUUAGAUCGUCGUCGCCCUCAACUUAAUACUGUACCAACACGCUUUUUAG